CUCCCCAACACCAUAAUUAGUUACAUACUCGAACACUGUCUCCACCAUUUUCAGGAGUUUCUCUCGUAACAGAACUCUAAUAAAAACAUUCCCGUAAAAUUUUAUUUUCCCGAGAAAAUCUAUUAUAGACAGAGAGAAAAUGGCUGGGAAUGAGUGGAUUAAUGGGUACUUGGAGGCGAUAUUGGACAGUGGGGCGUCAGCUAUAGAUGACCACAAGCCAACGCCUGUGAACCUGAGAGAGAGAGGGCAUUUCAAUCCCACAAAGUACUUUGUGGAGGAAGUGGUGACUGGUGUGGACGAGAGUGACCUGCACCGGACAUGGAUCAAGGUGGUCGCCACUCGCAACACCAGGGAACGGAGCUCGAGGCUCGAGAACAUGUGCUGGCGUAUUUGGCAUCUCGCUCGCAAGAAGAAACAGUUGGAAUGGGAGGAUUUCCAACGGUUGGCACACCGAAGGUGGGAGCGGGAACAAGGGCGCAAGGAUGUCACAGAAGACAUGUCCGAGGACUUGUCUGAGGGAGAGAGAGGGGAUGUUCUUGGGGAGGCAAUUAUAAUCGACAGCCCAAGGAAAAAGUUCCAACGGAACUUCUCCAACUUGGAAGUAUGGUCGGAUAACAAUAAGGAAAAGAAACUUUACAUUAUUCUUAUCAGUUUGCAUGGUUUGGUCCGAGGAGAACAAAUGGAGCUUGGUCGUGAUUCUGAUACUGGUGGUCAGGUCAAAUAUGUGGUGGAGCUUGCGCGGGCGCUUGCUAGGAUGCCAGGGGUGUAUAGGGUAGAUUUAUUCACCCGCCAAGUUUCCUCGCCUGAUGUGGACUGGAGCUAUGGAGAGCCCACAGAGAUGCUUACUGCAGGCCCUGAAGAUGCUGAUGAUGCAGAUGUGGGAGAAAGCAGCGGGGCUUAUAUUAUAAGGAUACCCUUUGGUCCACGUGACAAGUACCUUCGGAAAGAACUAUUGUGGCCUCACAUACAAGAAUUUGUAGAUGGAGCUCUGGCUCAUGUUCUUAAUAUGUCAAAAGUUUUGGGUGAGCAAAUUGGUAAGGGCCACCCUGUUUGGCCAUAUGUAAUUCAUGGCCAUUAUGCAGAUGCAGGGGAUAGUGCUGCUCUUCUUUCAGGUGCUUUAAAUGUUCCAAUGGUUCUAACUGGACACUCACUUGGUAGAAAUAAGCUAGAACAGCUACUUAAACAAGGAAGGCAGUCAAAAGAGGAUAUCAAUUCAACAUAUAAAAUUAUGAGGAGGAUAGAAGCAGAAGAGCUUUCCCUUGAUGCUGCAGAACUUGUUAUAACGAGCACCAAACAGGAGAUUGAUGAACAAUGGGGACUAUAUGAUGGGUUUGAUGUUAAGCUUGAGAAAGUUUUGCGGGCGCGUGCUAGACGAGGGGUCAAUUGCCAUGGUCGAUACAUGCCAAGGAUGGUGGUCAUUCCUCCUGGCAUGGACUUCAGCAACGUAGUGGCUCAAGAAGAAAAUGCUGAAGCCGAUGGAGAACUCACAGCACUGACUAAUACUGAUGGAUCGUCUCCUAAAGCACUCCCAACAAUAUGGUCAGAAGUGAUGCGUUUCCUGACAAAUCCUCAUAAACCAAUGAUUUUGGCCUUAUCAAGACCAGAUCCAAAAAAGAAUAUAACCACACUUUUGAAAGCCUUUGGAGAAUGUCGCCCAUUAAGGGAGCUUGCUAAUCUUACACUUAUAAUGGGUAAUAGGGAUGAUAUAGAUGAGAUGUCUUCUGGAAAUGCUAGCGUGCUCACCACAGUAUUGAAGCUGAUUGAUAAGUAUGACCUGUAUGGACAAGUGGCCUUCCCGAAGCAUCACAGGCAAAGUGAUGUCCCAGAUAUCUACCGCCUCGCUGCAAAAACUAAGGGAGUUUUCAUAAAUCCUGCUCUAGUUGAGCCUUUUGGGCUUACCUUGAUUGAGGCUGCAGCACAUGGACUUCCAAUGGUGGCAACUAAAAAUGGUGGUCCAGUUGACAUUCAUCGGGCUCUGAACAACGGUCUGCUUGUGGACCCUCAUGAUCAGCAAGCUAUCGCUGAUGCACUGCUUAAACUAGUAUCAGAGAAGAAUUUAUGGCACGACUGCAGAAAAAAUGGUUGGAAGAACAUACAUCUCUUCUCAUGGCCUGAACACUGCCGUACAUAUUUAACAAGAGUGGCAGCCUGUCGGAUGAGGCAUCCACAAUGGCAAACUGACACACCAGUUGAUGAAUUGGCUAACGAGGAGUCCCUGAAUGAUUCACUUAAGGAUGUCCAAGAUAUGUCCCUUAGGCUCUCGAUCGAUGGUGAAAAGGCAUCACUAAAUGAAUCAUUCGACUAUACUGCUGCAGCUAGUGGAGCUGAGCUGCAAGAACAAGUGAAGCGGCUCCUGAGCAAGAUGAAGAAGCCGGAGACAGGACCACAAGAUUCUGAAGGUGGCAGGAAAUCACUUGAUAAUGUGGCAAGCAAGUAUCCCAUGUUGAGGAGACGACGUCGAUUGAUUGUAAUAGCGCUUGAUUGCUAUGAUAGCAGUGGCGCUCCCGAAAAGAAGAUGAUUCAGAUACUGCAGGAGAUAUUUAAGGCCGUGAAAUUAGACUCACAGAGUGCGAGAUUCUCAGGCUUUGGUCUAUUAACUGCUAUGCCAAUUGCAGAACUGACAGCAUUUCUGAAAUCAGGAAAUAUCCAAGUAACUGAAUUUGAUGCUUUGAUUUGUAGCAGUGGGAGCGAAGUUUACUACCCAGGUAAUUGUACAGAAGAAGAUGGAAAACUGAGUCUGGACCCGGAUUAUGCGUCACAUAUCGACUACCGUUGGGGUUGUGAAGGUUUAAAAAAAACCAUUUGGAAGCUGAUGAAUAUAGUUGAAGGUGUAAAAGAUAAGUCCACUAAAUCUUCAAGUCCCAUCGAGGAAGACAUGAAAUCAAGCAAUUCCCAUUGUGUCUCUUACUUGAUAAAGGAUCUUAGCAAGGCAAAGAAAGUGGAUGAUUUGAGGCAGAAACUCAGGAUGCGAGGUCUCCGUUGCCAUCUGAUGUACUGCAGGAACUCAACAAGAAUGCAAGUUAUCCCUCUCCUUGCAUCUCGGGCACAGGCACUCAGGUACCUUUUCGUCCGCUGGAGAUUGAACGUUGCAAACAUGUAUGUGAUUCUCGGUGAAACUGGAGACACGGAUUAUGAAGAAUUAAUAUCGGGAACUCACAAGACAAUUGUCAUGAAAGGGUUGGUGGAGAAAGGGUCCGAAGAGCUGCUCAGAACAACAGGAAGCUAUCUAAAAGACGAUAUUGUUCCGGGAGAGAGCCCACUAGUCGCAUACACAGAUGGAGUAAUAAAAGCAGAAGAGAUUGCAAAUGCGAUUAAGCAAGUAUCAGUAUCUGGUGGAGGAAUGUAGUAGCACAAAGAAGCCUCUAUUCUUUCUAGGAAUGCAAAUUUACCAUAGCAUUAUUUUCUUUUUCUUUUGUGGCAGUCUUGAAGGAAUGUGAGUCUCUGCUGAAAUGAAUUCUGACGAUGAUUCUCAUUGUUGUGAAAUGCUUUUGUUGUUAGAUAUGACGUACAAAACUUGGUUUAUAACUAUAAAUUUUUCUCUUAGUAAUUUAAUUGGAGAAAAGCAAUUUUGCCUAGAA